CACACACACAGGCACAUUCACGCAGCGCCAGACGCGUUUGCAAACAGCCCGCCUGCCGCUUCCAGCGCUACUUUUCUCUUCAGGAGACGCACUAGAAGAAGAAGAGGAAGAAGAAGAAGUAGGCGACCUGUUGGAUGUUACUCGGACCGUUUUGACACAAGUGUGACUACUUGUCAUGUUUUCCCUCGCUCUCUUCAGUGACAUCUGAGCUGACAAGUUUUCUUUUUUGGAGAGAUCUUCUUUCUCUCGGAGUUUAUCGCAUCAUAUCUCCUAACCGUGCAGUUGGAUUUAAAAAAAAAAAAAAAAGAAAAGAAAAGAGAAAAGAAACAGCAUUUGAUGGGCGAAAUGAAUAAUUCCGUGAAAUAACUCACUCCUCCCGACCAAAGGAUUUUCAAGUGUUAAUCCCAGUGCAGCAGCUUCUCCCCUCCGCGGAGCGAGGAUGUAUCGGUGUGUGUGUGUGUCGGUGGCUCUCCUGGCGCUCACACUCGUGUCGCACGUGAGCCAGGCCUGUCCCAGGAGCUGUAACUGCUACCAGGCCAGCGAGGUCCACUGCACCUUCCGCUCUCUGUUCACCAUCCCGCCCGGCCUGCCUGCACACACACGCCGCAUAAACCUGGGGUUCAACAGCAUCAGCAGGAUCCAUGACAGCUCCCUGGCUGGGCUAAAGAAGGUGGAGCUUCUGAUGCUCCACAGCAAUGACCUCCACAAUCUUCCAGAUGGAGUAUUCAGAGACAUGAAAUCACUACAGAUAUUAAAGCUGAGCUACAACAAGCUGAGAGAGAUCUCUUCAUCUCUGACCUUCUCCGGCCUGACCUCACUGCUGCGUCUCUACUUGGAUCACAACCUCCUCCAGCACAUCCACCCCCGGGCCCUGCUCCAGCUGCCUAGCCUCAGGCUGCUACGUCUGCAAGGGAACAGGCUGCAUCAGCUGCACCCGAACACUCUGUGCACACUGUCCCUCCUGAAUACAUAUUACUUCUCUACGCUCAGGCACGUCGACCUAUCCAACAACAGUCUAACCACUCUGCCCAGAGAGACCUUAGCGACAGCACCUCUGCUGGAGACUCUGGUGCUGCAGGCCAAUCCAUGGAGCUGUGACUGCAGGAUGAACUGGUUUUUCACUUGGAUUCUGGCUCAUCCAGGCUUAAUGAAAUGUCCCGGUGGCCCUCAGUGUCCAGUCUGUGGCUCGCCUGAUUCCCUCCAAGGGCAGGGUUUGCUUGAGCAGACUGACCUAUUGUGCACCUCGCCCAUCAUCCCGUCCCCUGGAAGAGACACACCUUUGGAGACAGAGAUCAGUGAAAUCCAGUCAACUGAAUACUUCCGAGAGCCGUUGGGGUUGGCCUCUCUGGGUCUCUCUGACCAACAGGGGAACAGUGUUGAUCUGAGUUGCAACAUCACUCGCUCUUCUGACUCUCAGGAUAUUGCUCCCCCUCCAGACCUCUCCAUGUCCUCCUCGUCUCCUCUACCACUUGCUUUAUCACUCUCCCUGGACUGCCCUGUGGAGAGACACAGCUAUGAGAAACUUUGGAGGAUCCUGGCUUACUACAGCGAGACUGCAGUUCAACUGGAGAGGGAGAUCAUGCUGAGUAAAGCCCCGGCACUGGCAUACCGCUACAGGCAGACAGCAGAGACAGAUGGAUAUUAUCACACUGGAGUCAAAGCUGCUGUGAGAGUCAGACCUCAGUGGCUGCUACAGCCAGCCAUUAGCAUUCAGCUAAACAGAGCGCAGUCCAACGGACACAAAGUUCAACUAAUAUACUCAACAAGAGUUUCUGCUCAUCCUGACUCUACCUCUCAACCUUCAACAUCCUCCCCCACCUCUCACCCAUGGGUGCUUAUUUCAACUAAUCAAGCAACCGCAGCACUGGCAGCAGCAGCAGGCAGUAAAGUGGAGCUACCGUGCCCUCUUCUUAGCUCUGCUAACCCCAAAGUAGAGUGGAUUCUCCCAGAUGGAUCCAAGCACAUCUCCCCCUCCAACAGCCUAGAUGGUCGGCUACUAGCCACAACAUCUGGCUUACUUCUAAACAAAGUGCAGCUCUCAGAUUCUGGGAUCUACUACUGUAUAGCCCGGGCUGGCAGGGAUGUAGAUGUUCUCCCCCUGCGCCUGGCUGUGGAGGAGUCCUCUUUUCCACCUUCAGGAGAGCAAGUGGGACCACCUAUCACUGGCACAGUUGGAGAGCCUGUCAGUCUGUCCUGCAUGGCCUCUGGUUCACCAGUGCCUCAUAUGAGUUGGGUGUUACCUGAUGGAAACAUAGUACGGCGAGGAUUAGCUGUAUCAGGUGGGCUCACUAUACAGUCAAAUGGAAGUCUAUUUCUAUCUAACCCUUCUCGGAGGGAUGCUGGUCAUUACCGCUGCAUUGCGGUCAACCAGUAUGGUAGUGACUCUCUGUCCAUGCAGCUGCAACUGUACUCACGAAAUCCCCCUCCACUUAGAACUCCUUUUCCCAGAGGACCACAGUCAGCUGCUGGUCGGUCAACCAAGAUACGAGCUCCGUUACUACAUCAAGUGGAGGAAGGAUCAGGGGAUGAAGGGGAAGAAGAAGAGAAACCCAUUAUUGGCAACAGGAGGCGUCCAAGACCUCUCCAACCUUCCCCAAACAGGCGUUAUCCAAUUGGAAACCCCAGAAGACGUGGGCCUGUGAGAGAAGGACCCCUGAGAAGAGGAGGAGCUCCUGUAUCACCUACUGACCAGAGAAGAAACCGCUUUGAGAACAGACACAGAGUGACCACAACCAAACAAAGGAUAGACCCUCAAAAAUGGGCUGAUAUCCUGGCUAAGAUCCGACAAAAGACUGUUCAAAGUAAUAACAGCCAGCCCAUCGCAGCAGGAAAGCCCACAGCUGAACCGGGGGGAUUAGGCAGAGAAGGAGACACUGGAGGACAUGAUGGAGAUGAUGAUAUAGAGAGAGGUAGAGCUGCAGGAGCAGGGACGGAAGCAGAAACAGAAGGAUCAUCUGUUGAUGACUCUGAUCUCCGAGAGGAAGGCCUGCAGCCCAUUCAGCCCGCUCAAAAGACAAUACCAGACACUGAAACAAACACAGAGAUAAUGAAAGAGACGGAGAAGUCAGAAACACUGAUAGCCAUAGAGAACGAGGCAGAAACACCCAUACAGACAGAGAAAGCAGGUCCACAGACACAGACAAUGACAAACCUAGAGACACACAAAGAUCCAGUCACAUCUAAGCCGAUCUCAGGAACAAACGAAAUUGCCUCAGAAAAAGGUGACGGAGAUGAGCGAGAAGCAGCCCCUAACCCAUCGACUGUCAGGCCUCAGAAUCCCCGUCAGGGACUCUUCCCUAAUUUGGUUCCAAACUCCCGGCCACAAAGCCCUUGGAACUCUCGCAGGAGGAUCGGACAGCGAAGACGAAUCAACAGACCCAGGGGGCGACCUUUGAAUCCAACGAGACCUCUCCCUGACCUUACGAACCUGAGGUCACAAACCACAACACCUGAAACGACCACAGCUCAAAUUGAUAUAUCGUCACUGGCAUCAACAAGCACACCUCCAGCUAUUUUAUUGACUCAGAGUGACCAUAAUGGGAAUGAAGUCUCACUAACUCCCCCUGCUUCUAACACUGUUGGUAUCUCCACUUUAAAAUCAGCCUCCCCUUCACAGACUCCCUCUUCUUCCUCUUUCACCUCAUCAUCCACCUCUCGCACAAAGACACACAUGAUGACUCACUCAGCCAACAUCCCAGACACUGCAGAGUCCACUCUCUCCAACACACCAACACCAUCACCCACUCAGUCUGAUACUGUAGUUGCGCACACAGAUGUGGCAGACACAGACGGCAGGACGAAUACGCACGGCACACAGACACACACAGAAACACUCACAGCCUUAGGCAAACAUGCUGAUAGACCCCCGAGCAAACAUAGCGAAGAGCUGGAGAGGAAUUUGUUGGGUGCACCAUAUGUGUCCCACUCUUCUGUCUCUGUCUCGCCCACUCUUUCCUCCACUUCCUCCUCGCCUACUGCAAAAGUCACAACUCCUUCAACUACUCCCAAGAGCAUUCAGUCUACUAGCUCUGCUACUACGUCUACUACCACUACUACACUUCCUACUACAACAACUACUACUAUUACUACAAGUCCUACCAUGUCUACUACAACUACCAUGAUUAUUCCAACAUCUAGCACUGCCAGAAGUACUACAACUACUCUUACCUCUACUACCGGUACUACCACAACUCUUCUUCAUACAUCUACUACUCCCACUACUACUACUACUACUACUACUACUACUACGUCUUCAACUACUUCAACAAGCCCUUCCACUACAACUACUACCACAACUACUACCACAGCUCCCAUUCUUACAUCUACUACUCCCAUUACUACUACUCUUUCAACUAUCCCCUCCACUGCGUCUACGGCUACCACUUCUGCUACAACUACAACUAAUACUCCAACUACUAGCACUAGAAUUACCAUCUCAGUGGAGACUUCUCCAACCACUACAAGGUCAGCUACACCCAGUACACCUACUACUACUACCGUGGUGACAUCAGCAAGUACUACAGCAUCAUCCAGAGAGAGGCCGAGUGUUGGCAAAGUUGACCCCAGAGGGAGGCCUGUUUCUGGGGCUCCAACCCAGAGUCGACCCCCUACUGAUUGGAAGAACCCUGGAGCUAAUUCUAUCCCCGACUCACACAGCAGACCAAACUUGCUGCCCUCCCCUCCGCUUCCUGCUGCCCCUGGGCCCCCAGUUGUAAGAUCCAGACCAAGAAUUGCAGACCCACACAUCAGGACGGCGUCUUUCCCAGCAGAGAGCACUGCCAGGCUGAAUUGUGAAGCUCAAGGAGAGCCCAAGCCCUCCAUCACAUGGACCAAGGUUGCCACAGGAGCGGUGAUGUCAAUCCACUCCAGGGCUCAGCGUUUUGAGGUCUUGCCAAAUGGCACCCUUGUUAUCCAGAAUGUUCAGCUGCAGGACAGGGGCACAUACAUCUGCAGUGCACACAGCUUUCUGGGUCGAGACAGAUUAUUAACCACCCUGGAGGUGUGGACACGCCCCCCUCGAAUGCAGCUGGCCAGCUACAGAGAAGUUACCAUUCAUCAGGGUGGAGAUGUGCACUUGGAGUGCCAGGCGGAUGGCGUUCCCAGCCCUCUGCUCUCUUGGGUUCUACCUGAUCGUUCUGCCCUGACCUCCACUGCCCCCUCCACGGGUCGCAUCACUAUGGACAUAAAUGGCACCCUCCAUAUCUCAGUAACUUUACCGAGCGACAGAGGGGUGUAUCGCUGCGUGGCCUCAAACUCAGCAGGUGCUGCUAGUGCCUCGGUGCGUGUACAUGUGUCCUCGCUGCCCCCGGUGAUACAGCAACCCAGAGAGGAACACCUGCUCUUGUCUCCGGGGAGGCCUGUUUAUGCUCACUGCUCCGCCCGAGGUGCCCCACCACCAGUUCUCCGAUGGCGAAUCCCAGAUGGGACUCUUGUCCGCCCAUCCCAGUUUCUCCACGGAAACCUUUUCGUCUUGCCCAAUGGGACGCUGCAUAUUCGAAAAGUUGGGCCUAAAGACUCAGGGAAUUAUGAGUGCAUAGCAAGUAAUGCCGUUGGAGCCCACAAGAGAAUAGUGAAGGUAGAAAUUGAAGCAGAACGAGGCCAGGGAGGAGAAGGAAUUGAAGGGGCAAAAGCAGUUGCUACUGAAAAACCAUCUUCAUUUUCUCAAGACAGAACUUUAGCCAUUCCCAGCAACCCCUCCAAACCAUUCAUCCGUCCUCCAUCGCCUUUUGAUAGAUCCAAGACCUUGCCGCUAACCCCCAGCUCUUCUCAUUCAUCUUCUUACACUCAGCAACCCAAUCCCACUAACUCACCUCCUAAAAUCAAUGAAACAGUCACCGCCUCCCCCACACACUUGACCAGCAUCAACAAAGUGCUGACAAACAACACCAAAGUCUCACCCAGCAUCAUAAACAACACAAGAGCUAUUUCUUCUCCCCCCUCUGACAAAGCUAGAGCCUCAGCUGUUUUGCAUCCCUUGCCCAUAUCCCCCUUUAGUAAAGCUCGUAUUGUCUCUACUUCACCCUCCAUCACCAAUGUCCAUUAUGGGGGGGUUUUGCAGCUCCAUUGCUCUGUAACUGGCAACCCAGCACCCAUCAUCAUUUGGAGAACGCCCAACAGGAAACUGGUUGACAUGAACUUCAGUUUUGACCAACGUCUGAAGGUGCAUCCUAACGGCAGCCUGUCAGUUCAGGCAGUAACAGAGAAGGAUGCAGGAGACUACCUCUGCAUCGCACGCAACAAGGUGGCGGAUGAUUACCGCCUCCUGCGUGUCUCUGUGGCUACUAAACCUGCCAAGAUCGAACCCAAGCAGCCAAUCAAUCAGAUGGUGAUGUUUGGCAAACCACUGAAGGUGGACUGCCAGGCAUCAGGAUUGCCUGACCCAGCUGUCCGUUGGAGCCUGCCAGAUGGAACCAUGGUGAACAGCGUGUUGCAGGGGGAAGAAAGAGGAGGACGAGCAAGACGGCUAACUGUGUUUGACAAUGGGACGCUGCUGGUUCCAGCAGUGGGUAUGGGAGAAGAGGGAGAGUACACGUGUUACGCUGAGAAUCAAGGAGGCCAAGACACCAUGAAGGUCAAAGUAAAGGUCAUGAUGACAUCACCACCGACGUUCAGUGAUGACAGAAGCUACCACGUCGUCAAAGUGCGUCAGGGGAUGACUGCCACAAUCCGCUGCCAGGCCACGGGAGAUCCUGCCCCAACGCUGACAUGGUUCUCCCCGACAAACCGCGUCAUCCCACAAAGUUUGGGAUCUGGAUUUUACUCUGAGAGGGUUGUGGUGGUCUCGGGUGGAACUCUGGAGGUGCGCAUGGCUCAAAAGAUGGACACAGGAAACUAUACGUGCCGAGCGAGCAACUUAGCUGGAGGGAGGAGCAUUGUGGUGGGCCUGGAGGUGGAAGGAGGAAGAAGUCUGAGUACCAACAAUGGGCCUGGCAGUGUUCAAAGCAGUAGAUCUGGGGACAACAUUAAUAAUGCAGGGAUAAUCCAGAAUGGAUUUACCAAUGGAGUCACAAGCAAGAGCAAUAAUAGCAGCAUUAACGGCUAUAGUGAUAAUAAUGGCAGGAUAAGAAACUUUGUACCAAACACUGGCGUUAGCAUAGCAACCGGUGGCUUUAAUCCUGCCCUGAGGAGUGAUAGUCAUAAUGGAUUCAACAGGCCUGUCAGUGGAGUUACAACUCAACUUGGUAGCAGUGGAAUCAGCACUGGGUUCAGUAGGAAUAUAGGCAUUACAGCAGAUAACACUGGAAUAAAUAGAAAUGGACCUGGCAUUCUGAGUAGCCAUAAUAGUGUGGGCAACAGUCACAGAGGAGACAGUGCAGACAGGAAUCCUGGGACUAAUAAUAAUGAAGUGAUUGCAGGAAAGGCUGAUGCUCGAGAUAGUGGCAGGGUUAGCGCUAUUUCUAGAAAUGUUGGGGUUUAUAGCAGCAGUGUGUCUAAUAAUGGAGGGAAUGGGUUCAGUACAGGAGUGACCAGUGUCAACAGCAGGAACAGUGGUAGUGCAGGUAUAGCUGCUGGGAACACAGGUACUAAAAACUCCUCUAACACAGUUGUGGGUUUGGUAACUACAGUGAAGCAGCGAGCACUGAAAGGCCAAACUGUUCUCUUGCCGUGCCCCUCCCAGGGCUCCCCUCCCCCUCGCCUGGCCUGGCUCCUGCCUGGUAAUGGUGUGCUGCCAGCUCCUUAUUAUGGCAGCCGACUAACUGUGCACAGGAACGGCUCUUUAGAGCUCCGAGGCGUGCGGGUGAGUGAUAGCGGGACCCUGGUAUGUGUGGUAAGAGGUGAGAGAGGAGAGACGAGGAUACAGGUGGAGCUGGAGAUCUCUGAGCGACAGGAAGUGGAUGCCAGAGCUCCAUACAAGGUGGAAAAGCCCGUGCAGGAAAGUGCUGGUGUGAUUGCGGCGCCUCGGUCAGGAGCCUCACAGGGUCCAGCUCAAUCCUUAAGCUCAAGGCCGGUGUUGCCAAGAAUUCCAGUCACUCAAAAGCCUCCACACAGAAGUCCAUCUUCACCAGCUGUGCCUGUGCUUCCAGUUGGCGCUCCAUCUCGCUCAAAUGGUCCUGUCUCAGAGCCAGCAGUGAGCACCAGAACAGCUCCCCUGGUGAGCAUCAUUAACGGAGAGACCCUUCGUCUGCAUUGCCCCGGUUCUCAAACCCAGGGCUCUCUCUCAUGGACCAUGCCCAGUGGCAAGUCGCUAUCCAGGGGUGACAGUGGUGACUCGGGCCGAUGCGUUGUCCAAGAAGAUGGAACACUCACAGUGCAACAGGCCUCCGUGUUCGACCGCGGCACCUACACCUGCAGAUCCACCAGCUACGACUCCUCUUCGGUUUCAGUGGUCACGGUUCCCGUCAUUGUUAUCGCCUACCCCCCUCGCAUAACAACGGGCCCCUCCGCUGUGACCUACACUCGACCCGGGGUUGCUGUGGAGCUGCCGUGCCUGACCAUAGCAACACCUAAGGCGACGGUUACCUGGGAAACACCAGACCUGACACAGCUGAGGGUGAUGGGUCAGGCUCGUAUCUAUGGCAACCGCUACCUUAGUCCUCAGGGUUCCUUGGUGAUACAGAACCCGACAAGCAGGGACACAGGAUUUUACAGAUGCACCGCCAAAAACGUAAUAGGAGUGGACACCAAGGCGACCUACCUGCAUGUUAUAUAACAGGGUGAAACAAACACGCACACAUACACAAACACAGCAGGAAGACAGAGACUCCACCAGUCGUCUGAAAGUGGUGUAUAAACUCCUCUGCUGGUAACACUGUGUGUCCCACAUGCCCAAAGGAACUGCAAGGCUACGUGCACGAGAACUGUCGGAUCUCAGAAAAGACUGUAAUCCACAGAUAUAUGUCUCAUAUUUUUAUUUUGUGACUUUCAAUACUGAAAUGGUUUUUGUAUCAGGAGGGGCAAGAUUUUCUGCAGCCCAUUUUUCUGAAUAACUGUGUUUAAAGAGGCUUGUUUUAUGUAUCUGGUGGUGUCAUCUUAGAAAGUUGUGCCUUGCCUUCUGUCUCAGCACCUAAAACCCAUAAUGAAAUGAUGACCAAGGUGGUCAAAUGAAAUGCACACCAUAUUUAUGGUUUAAGUUUCAGGGGGAAAAGAUUGAAGCAAACAACAAAAUGUUUUUGCAACACUGGUUUUGUUUCCCUGCCUAGUGUUACAGUGACAGUUCACCCCCAGAUUUAAAAGAAUAUAUUUUUCCUCUCACCUACGUCUCACAGACCACAUUGUGAGCAGUUUCAUAUAAGAACUACUUUGACUAUAUAUUUUCCAAUGUACAUUAAAUACAAAAUACAAAGUAUAGAAGGCAGUCCAAUAAAAGCUGGCAACAAAAACAGAAGGAGCAGGCAGCAGAUCAAAUAAUUAAAGAGGUACAAAAGUACACAAAUUAAAUAACGUACAAACCAAAGAAGUGCUGGGAACACAGGCAGGUACACAUGGAAUGCGAGCAACAUGAAGAGCACAACAAACACAGGAGAUACAAGACUGAUGUGGGAAAACAGCUGAACUGACACAGAAUAAAACAGGCAGGGAAUAAUUAACAAAUGGAUCAACACAGUUGAACAGGAAAAACAAAGCGAGGAAGCGAAAAGCAGAACUUGAGGAGAGAGCUACAAAAUAAAACAGGAAAUAACUAAACGUAACACUCACACCAUGACACUGGAAAAAUAUACAUUUUGGAUUAUGGUAUGAACUGUCACUUAUAAUGCAGGUACGGGCAAUAUAGAAAAAGAUGAUGUAACACUCCUAAAACAAGAUGUGGAAAUAAAAACAUGGAGCCUUCAAGGUUUUCACUUUGAAGGAUGGAUUGUAUCAUACUUCUUCUAUCACUGCGCACAAGAAAAUUGAAGAAUUUCAUGUUGACAAGCAGGCUUUACUUGGUCUAACUGCUUUAUUUCAUUACUUUAAGUAUCCAUCCACUAACACUGAACAAUACAACACUAUACAAUUUAACAUACAGCAUUUUACUGACUGGGUCACUGAAUAUUUUAGAUACAUCAUAGCAUCACAUGUCCCUCACAGCUGUCCACAAGCACAUCCAUUUUCAAAUGGUGCAAAAUUGGGACUUUCCAAAAUCCAAAAUAUCAACUAGAUAUUUAUCUUAUUAACUGUUGAAAAACUUUAUGUCAUUUUUUUAUUUAUAAACUUCAUUAUACAGAAAUGUUGGAUUUUGUUGUUGUGGAGCAUAUGUAGCAAAUAGUGAUGUCAUUUAGCUGCCUUGUUUGCAUAAUACUGCCUACAUGUUACAUUAAAUCUGCAGCGAUGACGAUGAAGGGCUUCAGCAUUAUGAUUCAACUCAACACCAGCUCCUUCAGGACUCUUUAAACCUGUUUUCUCUCCACGGGAUUUAUUUAAAACCCAUGGCAAUGUUGUUCAACCACCAUUGACUGGCUCUCACAUUCUCACAGCAUUACUGGGGCGGAAUGAUAUCUGGUACAAAUCUCCGUGAUUAUUUUGAUAUUAAAGAUUGUAUAAACGUGCGUGAGGUUCGAGAGCCUGCCCUAAGCUUGUGCACAAAGCCAGCACGUCAUACUUCCCAUGUUUCCUCUCCUCUCCGAUGUUUUCCUUUUAUCCUUAAAUUAUUUGUCUUGUAAAGACUCUUUUGUCAUAAAAGGAGAAAUUAUUAAAUCUUAUUAUGUAUGUUUGGUGUCUCUCUAUUCAUAAUGAAUGCUUGCAAUAUUUUCAACUGCUUCAUUUUAUAAAUAAAAG